CCCCGCCUACGGCGCCAUCAUUGCUUCCCUUCAGCACCACUCCUCUCGAAGCGGCAUCGCGUGGUGCCGCUUUUGAAUUUUGAGCAAGAGCCCCGCGGGUGCGGAAGCCUCCCAGAUGAACCAGACACUUCCUCCAGGUUUGGGCUACCUGACCACGACCGUGGAUCCUUCUCAUUCGGCCUCGGUGAGCCUGGAGAGGACGCUGUCGGUGCCCGAGAACGACAGCGUGUACAACGCGUGCUGCCUGCGGUUCCGCUUCCGCAAGGGCCCGUACCUGGACGGCGCCGGCGGGUCAUCGACGCUGCACGUGCGUCUCACGGUGCUCAACACCAACACCGUAAAGACGAGCAGCCUCACCAGGCACUACGCGCACUGGACGCCAUACAGCAUCACGCUGACACGACCAACCUCCGUCCAGCUAACACUGGUCUUCAAAGUUCCUGCCAACAGUGCCCAGCAGUACUUGGAUUUAACAGACUUCUUGCUGACAAGAGGGUACUGCUGAGGAACUGCUUCCAUGCUGCUGUCUCCCACUGCUAC